AUGGCCCACCGCAUCGUCACCCAAGUCGUCGUCACCGGCGCCCGCGUCUUUGGCCGCGCCUUCGCCGAAGCCUACAAACAAGCCCAGGCCUCGGGCAAAUACGCCGCCCAGAACAAGGGCAAGAGCGGCGGCAGCUUCACCUCCUCGGGCCUGACCCUUGACGAGGCGUGCAAGAUCCUGAACGUCAAGCCACCCAACGGCGGCGCCAGUGAGGCCGGCCUGGAACAGGUCAUGGAGCGCUUCAAGAAGCUCUUCGAUAUCAACGAUCCGCAAAAGGGAGGCAGUUUCUAUCUGCAGAGCAAGAUCUUGCGCGCCAGAGAGCGACUGGAAAUGGAGGUGCGCGAGGCAGAGAGGAAGGUUGCAGCGGAGAAAGAGUUGAAGGAAGGUUGGAAGCCGAAGGUGUACAAGGAUCGGUGA